AUGGAUAUAGUGAAUAAAGAAACUGAUGAAAUGUACAAAGAACUAUUUACAGAUACAGAAUAUAAUGACAAUCACUUAAAGCAACUAAACGAUAUGAAAGAUAUUUUUCGACAGCAUAUUAAUAAUCGAAGAAAUGAUAGUCAAAAGGAAUUAAUCAUGGAUGAAAGACUUAUCGAGAAGCUUAAAAACAUUAAAGUCUUUUCUUAUAAUAUACUGCAAACAUUUAAAAGCUUAAAUACUUCCGUAAACACACAGAAAACUGUUGAUGUAAAGCCCUUUUCUGAUCUGGACGACUAUAAUAAGUAUGUUAGUGUUCAACAAGAAAUUCUCAGUUCAGAAAUUUGGAAAAUUGAUGCACUUUUAAGCUAUCUCGUGGAGAAAUAAAAGAUAAAUAUAAGACGAUAAUAUUGUAAUAUGGACUUUAUCU